GAUCAUCGUCUGUUUCAAAAAUUUCAAAAAAAACGCCGAAAAAAAUUGCCAGAAUAUUCUGUCAUCAGUGAAAAAAAUGUGGUCAAAUUUUAACGAUAGUUUUACAGCAAUAACCGAUCAUAUUUCAACACAAAUUCGUCAAACAAUACCAACAAUACAAUCAUCAUUUGGCGAACAACAUGAAGAUGAUGAAAAUGUUAAACAACAACGGGAAUUUGAAACCAAAAUUGAAUUAUUACGUAAUGAGGUAAUACGACAUCGAAACAUUGCACAAACAUAUAAAGAACGUUGGCUUGAAGCCGAAAAUGUUUGUAAACAAACAACCGGUAAUUGUUCAAAGGUUUACGAUGAUGAUGUUAAUCUUUUGGAUGAUGAUGAUGAUGAUGAUGUUAUUGGUGAUGAUGGUCAUCAUCCGAAUCCCGAAUCAGUAAUGGAAUCGAUUGAUCAAUCAAAUCCGGAUAUCAUUGCUCAACCAGACCAACAACAAACAUCGACGACAACAAAAAUACCAAAAUGUUUAAAUAAUUUACGUUUAGAUUCAGCUGUACAACAAAUUAAUCGAUUACAAAAUGAAUUGAAAAAACUUCAAACCGAUGGUGAACAUUGGAGAAAAUUAGCUAAACAGAAAUCAUCGAUUGAAGAUGCUCAAAUUUCCGAACUAGAAUAUUUACGUAAUGAAUUAAAGAUUUACCAACAAAAAUGUAAUGAUUAUGAAGAAAAAUUUAAAAAUUUUAAUGAAAAUUUUCAAAAAAUUGAACAAGAAUAUUCGAAAGAAUUACAACAAUUAGAUCAAUUACAUGAUGAAGAACGAAUGAAAUUAUUAAAAUUACGUGAUCAAUUGAUUGAUGAAAAUCAAUCAAUAAAACGGGAAUUAAAUCAAUUGAAACAAUCGAUAACAACAACAGAAAAUGAUGUUGAUUCCGGUAAACAUGUGGAUAUUUGCACACAAACCGAACAGUUGGAUGAAAAUAGAAGUUUGUUGCCGGUGUUGGCGGAUUCAGCCAAUCAAACUGAUUUCGAACAAUUUUCCAUCGAACAUAUUUUGAAAGUAUCAUCAAAAUAUUUGAAUUUAACCGAAUUUGGCCAUCGUUUUGAUGAUAAUGAUGAUAAUAAUAAUGGUGAUCGACAAAAAUUUGUUGAAAAAAUUGUGGAAAAUUUAUGUAAACGUUUGGAUACGAUGAUGAUGAUGACAACAUCCGAUAAUAAUGGUGGUGGUGGUGAGGAUGAAUCAAAAAUGACUUUGCAUCAACAACAACAACAGCCUGCAGUUGAUCAAAUGCUGAAUCAUGAUGUUGAUGAUGGCGAGGAAAAUAAUUCAUCUAAUCAUCAUCAUUGUCAUCUGAUGAAUGAAUUGGAAAAAAUUUCGAAAGAAAAAAAUGAAUUAGAACAAAAAUUGAAUGAAUUGCAAUCAAAGCAACAACAGCAAUCAACGACAGAAUCGGUCAAUUCGGACGCUAAUCAUGCCGUCCAAUCAUCAUCCGCUGCUUCAACAGAAUUUUCAAUUCGUGAAGAACCUGAAGGCGCAAAUAAUUCGGAUUCUGAUUUAAUCAAUAAUCAGGAUAAUCAUCAUUAUCAGCAAGAAGAAUUUGAUAAUCAAAAUCGUUUGAUCAAAGAAUUGGAAUUGAAACUUUCAACAUUAACAGCUGAACAUGAUGACCUAUGUCAACGUUAUCAUUCAUCGCAGAAUGAAAAUCAAAUAUUUGAAAGAAGAUUUAAAGAAACUGAAGAAGAAAGUGUUAAAUUACAACAUCAUUUACAUCAAAUUGAAUUGGAAUCGGAUACAUUACGGAAUCAACUAAAUGAAAUAGAAUUGGAAAGAAAUUUAUUACGCCAGGAUUUAUUGGAUCAAAAAUCUCAAAAAAUUUGUCAAACAGAAUCGAUGGAAAAAUUGGCCAAAGAAUUGAAUCAAUAUCAACAACAAUCCGAACAGAUGACCAAAAUGUUAAAUAAAUUAACCGAAGAUAAUUCAAUGUUAAAAUCACGAUUAGCCGAAAAAGAUGAUGAAUUAAUAAAAUUGCGAGAAAAAUCAACAACAGAACAAGAAAAUCAACAAACAAAUUCUAUUGAAAAUGAAAAAUUAACAACAGAAUUGAAUCGUCUUCGGCAACAUUUGGUACAAGUUGAAGAAAAUUAUAUUGGUUAUUUAAAAGAAAUGGAAGAACGUUUAGAACAAUCACAAAAAAUUAUUGAAAAAUAUGAACAAAUGAAUUUUGAUCAACGUGAAUUGGAAUAUCAACAACAAAUAGAAUCAUUACGUUUAGAAUUGGAAUCAUUACGUAAACAAUCAUUUGAAUAUGAAGAUAAAAUUGAACGUUUACAAGCAAAUUUGAUUAAUAUGCAAUCAGUUAUUGAACAAUUGGAAAAAGAACAUGAACGAAAAAUUCGUUCAUUAAAUGAUGAAUAUCAAAAACAAAAACAAUUAACCGAUCAACGGGAUGAUGAAUGGCGUUAUCGAUUGAAAACAAUGGAUGAACAUUUACAACAAACACGACAAGCAUUAGAAGCAGCUUCAAGAUUAACCGAACAAAUUGAACAAAAAGAAUUAUUAAUCGAACAGCUUAAACGUGAAGCCAAAAACAAAGAUCAAGAAAUAUUAAAACAAGAAAAAAAACUAAAAGAUAUUGAACAAUCACAAGAAGGUAAAGUGGAUAAACAAAUAAUAAAAAGUUUAAUAUUAAGUUAUUUGGCAACACCAAUGGAUAAACGUACGGAUGGUGAACGUUUAUUGGCACGUUUUUUGGAUUUUAAUCAAGAUGAAAUGUUACGUGUUGGUAUUCGUAUUGGUCGUGAUGCAAAUAAUAAAUCUUCAGAUAAUUCAUCAUCAUUUACGACAAGUUUUGUACAAUUUUUGGAAACUGAAUCAACAUCAUCGCCGGAUAAAAAUCCUGCUAAUAAUAGUGGAAGAAGAUUAUCAUCAUCGACGUCAUCAUCAAAUCAACAAAUAGAAUUGGCACGUGAUCUAAACAAACGCCUUAAUCAACAACAACAACAAUCCGAUUUGAAUCAAUCUCGUUUGGUAAUUAAUCCAUUUGUUUCACCUGUUGUUCCACCUGUUAUUUCAACUACAACAACCGCUACAUAUCAUCAUCAUGGUGGUGGUCAUCAUAGCCGUACACCAUCAAUGCAUUCACAACAAUCAUCAACAUCAUCAUCAUUAUCAGAUUCUUGUAAUACAAUGAUCGUACAGAAUCGAUUAUUAUCAUCAUCGAAUAUUGAUUCAUCAUCAAUGACAAUGAUGAAUAUUGUACCACCAUCAACAACAACAUCAGCUACAACAACAUCAAAUAUACCUGAAAUUAUUCGUGAUGUUAUGAAUAAAGAUAAAUUUAUUUGA